GUGUUAAACAUUAAAACAUAUGAGAAAGGUAAUGCAGAUUAGACCGUGUUGUUUACUGAGUGGGAGAUGAAUCUUUAAGAGUGAAUCAUUGAAUCACUGAAUCAUUGAAUCACUGAAUCAUCGAAUCUUAAAGUGUGGCGUUAGAGCUUCUAUUGAGUAAGCAGCAGGGGACGAUAAACAUUUUAGAAUAGAUUUGUAAAUGAUUUUAACAAACAGGAAAUUAAACAAUAAUAUAAUUGUAAAUGGUUUAAAUAUUAUCUUUAUGAUUGUGGUGUUUUUUCCGCCACAAGCGUUGGCGCCCCAUUUCCAGUCCACUAGGGGUUGGUGUAGGUGAUGCAGAAGCUGCUUGAUAAGCAAUAGAAAGAAGAGGAACAAGGCUGGCAGAAAAUCAGUGCGAAGCAACAGCUUGAGUUAUUCGCAUUUGUCAAAAUUCUGGCUCGAUUACCUUUUUAACAAUCCGAGGAGCGCUUCGCAAAACAGAAACUGGGACCUCAAACAAACCUAACGACUUAUUAUCUGUUGUCUUGUAUCAUCUACGCGAGCACGUGCCCACUGGAACAAGCGGAAAUGCCACAGCGGUGUUGUAUUUUUUUAAUCUUACAAGUGACCCAAAGGCAGUUUUUAUAACUUACACAGUGAUACGUUUCUGCAAAGUGGACAAAAUUGCAGAUACCAGCCAUGAGCCAAAUGAUCUCCAAAUUUUGUGAUGAAAUCAAUUUAGAUGGUAAGAGUAUCUACACAUCAGGUCACCCAUACAGCACUGAUUGUGAGCCCACCUGGUACGCACAGAAUGGGACUGUCCUGGGUACUAAACUGUCGUUGUUUCUGGAUACCUGUGAGUCGUGGAUUCGGCUUUUAAUACGGUGCCUUCAGUCAGAAAAAAUGUACGAGUACGUCUUCCAAGUUAUCAACCGCACCACACUUAUUGGCGAAACAAAACCUACCAAAACAGAUGGUCAUGAACUCAGAUAUCUGUGGUUGCUUCUCAUUCUGGUUCCUCUGAUUCUCCUGGUCCUGUACUUUGUUUGCAGGAAACAAGACUGCAGCACACCACGGAAUGAAGAGGGAGCUGCAGUGAUGAACAACACACCAAAGAAAGAAGAAGCUCAGGCACUGAAUGGUCACACCAAUGGAAUCCCAAAAUGUGAUGAUGGUAAUCUGAAUGGUGAGGCUGUGAUGAUCCCUUUGAACUCCAGCACACCGCAGAAUGAAGAAGAAGCUGAAGCACUGAAUGGUUGUGUUAUAAACGAACCUAAACUCACAGAUGAUGGCAUGCACAUGAAUACAUAUGGGAUGUAUGGGUAGAUACAUUUUUUUAAUGCCUUUAAAAUCAAAAACAUCAUUAUCUGUUAAAAAAAACUGCCAUCUGAACAUCUUUGAGUUUGGAAUCUAAAUGUGUCUGUAUUACAUGACCCUAUCAGUUAAAUACCCAAACCAGAUGGACCAAUACUUUAUACUCACUGGAGUGUACAGGCAGCAUUAUUGACGUUUUACAUUUUUUUUCUAACUAGAUGGUAAAAUGAAAACCUAAAAUUACCAGGAGUUCUAUGUGCCAGUGUAAAAAUGCACACAUUUUAACCCAAUUGCAAUAAAUCAAUUUAUUAGAAG